AAAAGAUAAAGAUGUGAUUACUAAAAAGAACGUUUAGAAUGGCAUAUUGUCUUCCCUGCGAGAAAACCCUUUCGUACCCAAAUUCCCGCAUCAGCCAUCAGACAGACGACCUCACAAAAAGCUAAUGCAAAAAUAUUGACUAUGCUUUAGCUGCCUAUUUCCUGGUAGUUUCUUUUUCUUUUCUUCUUACGGUCUGGAAAAAUUCGAACUAAGAAACCGGAGGAAUUUCUACAGAAUGGGACAAUCUCAAUUUCCCCCGCAAAUUUUCCCGGGGUUGAUGAUUCUGAUCACUUCAUUCGCAGUUAUUUGCUCGUGUUUGGAGGAUUAUAAUGCCAUUGUCCUAAAAGGCUGCUCACAGAAGAAACUAGAUGACGGGAAUCAGAAUUUCUCCCGAACCCUCGACGGCCUCUGUAAAACCCUGUAUUCGAAGUCCUCAUCCGCGAAUUUCAGCAGAGCCACCGCCAGGGGCGGCGCCGUCUCCGGUCUCUUCCAGUGCAGAGGCGACCUCUCUCCCUCCGAUUGCAGCGUCUGCGUGGAGGAAGCUUCGAAUCAGUAUAAGAUGAUCUGCGGCGGCGACUCGGUCGCGGGCCGGAUCCAGCUGGUCGGGUGUUACGUCAACUUCGAGGUAUCAUCCAAACAGAAAGUCGAUUCGACCCAUUUACUCCUCAAGGAGUGCGGGCCGAAAUCGGGUCGGGCCUCCUCUUCCGUUCUGGCCGCGGCGUUUAAGGAUAUGGCGAAGCAGGUUAAAGCGAGCGGGAAUCGGUUCUACUCUGGAAGCUUCGGCGGGGACGGCAAACAGGAUUCUGACUUCGUGGACGGGUCGUUGACUUUGAUGGGUCAAUGUGAAGGCGAUUUGGGGAGAAAUGAUUGUGCGGCGUGUUUGGACAAUGCAACGGCGCUGUCCAGAAGACUAUGUGGUAAUGGCACUGAUUCGGCCAAUAUAUAUCUCCAACGGUGCUAUAUGAGCUACAGUUUUGCCUUCUCCAAACACGUCUUACCAGAUAAUUUUGAUAUAAACAAGGCAGUCGGCAUUAUAAUGACACCCAUUGUUAUUGUGGCUUUCGUAAUCGUGAUAGUCCUCUACAUAAAGUCAGCGCUUAAGAAGAACGAUCCGCAAAGUGCAAAGAUCGUAUCGAGUUGAAUCAAUCUCAUGCUGGAGAAGAUGGAGCCAUGGAGGUAUAAGGUAUUGAAGAGAAAGCAGGAUGAAGAAUGUAUAUGUGUGUGAUACUUUUUUCCCACUUUCAAACUGAUCAUUGCUGAAUUAUUGUACCUCUGUGUAAUUGUGUUCAUUGCAAGUUUUGGUCAAUAUUAUGUGUCAAUAUUAUGCUUUCCACCUAACUGGUACGUCUAUUAUGGAACAUUAUUGAUAUCCUAUUAGUGUAUCAGUGCCUCAAGCACCCACUUCUCUGAUUGGAUGGA